AUGCAAGAGUUCUUCACAUUUGAUGGCAGUGUCCUGCGCACCAACAUUGCCAUGAGCGCGACCGGCUCGACGCUGUACGUGGUUGGCAGCGUGGGCUACUUGCCCGCAGUGCUGGCAGUCAACCCCUUGAUAGGUAUCUACGGUUUUGUUUUGGGGUCUGCCUUCAUUGCGUGGUCUCAGCUCUGGAAGACGUACCGCAUUGGCGGGGGCGAGCUGCAGGAGGGAUUCCACCUCAAGACCUUUGCAGCUGCCGAUGCCUUCACCGCGGCCGGUGUGGAGCUGAGUGCGGGCAUCGGGGCCCUGUGCUUCUUCUUUGGCACCCUCCUGUACGACAACGGCCCCCUGGAGGGCCCCGGCAGCGUGCUGGCCACGGUGCUGUGGAUCUGGGUGGUGGGCAGCGCGUGGUUCACCACCGGCGGCCUGUUUCUGGCGGCGCGCCACGCCUUCAUGCGCGUGGUGUGA